UUUCAGAAUGUCGAUAUUCAUUUCCUAAUUAGACUGCCGAAGACUUUUCCCAAAGAAACUCCCUAUUUCAAUUUUUUUUUAAAGUGACGUGAAGCAUUCAAACAAAAUGCCGGAGAUAGGCCCUAUGAUGCGUGCACUGGAACUGCAGCGGCUGAUCGAAGACAAAGUGACCGAGUGGCGCGAGAGGUCAGCGCGGGUCGGCGGCCGCAGCGUGGCCGACUCUUAUCAGCAGCCACUCAACUUCAAACGUCACACUAAUAGACGCAAGAACAGCGCUGAAAUCAGCAGAAUUAUCGCAAAGUACUCAAAGCCCAACAAGAGGGCGGACGAGCGAUACGUACUGCCGCAGUACACGCCAGAAAUAACCCCGGCGCGCCCCGCCAGACUCAAAAAGACUAACUUAAAAUUAUCCAAAAGCGAAGACAAUCUCGCGAACAUCGGCUGCUGUACCAUGGAUCCUUACCCUGACCCGACGGAAGUCAAACCUCCGCCCCGCGGUCGGUUCAAGUACAACGCGAAGAGUUACGAGGACAUCACCGCCUUCGCCGACAUCGAGCACAGGAGAAAGAGUACAAACUUCGAAGAGAACAGUAUAUUGAAUGCAAAGGUGAUCAAGAAUGACACGCGACCCAAACUUCACAGCAUCGGCGAGAACUUUAUGGCUACUGAGUUUAACGACAGUGCUUUAGAAUUGAGACAUAAAUCGAUUUUUUCUACAUCGACUCCCAUCUCAAACAGAAAAACGUGUCCAGUGGGUGAUUCAGUGUCAGUGACUUUUGAAAGGUGCACCACUUACAAUCCGAGUGAUUUAAAAAAAGGUAGUUCGGAGCCGGAUAUCCUCAGUGUGAAUAGCAGAGACUCUGUAGGGACAUCAAAGACACUCGACUCGAAGAAGCGGUGGAAGUUGCUGAAGCAGCCGUUUCGGAAGGGCACUUUCGACUGCCUCAUUCUAUGGCGUGGAAAAAAACCAAACGUGGAAAAGAAAUCAAGAAUACAAGAAGUGGACGACAGUUUCUUUGAGAAAUUCGGCUCUAUACUGAAGCAGGCGUCACAACGAGCGGCUAUCGAGGAAGCUACUCCCUUGGCACCACUCAAAGAGGUCGAAGAGCAAGAUGGUGAGCCGAAAGUAUGUGCAGAUUUACAUGGGGAGUGUCCUAGUACUAGAGACACCGAUAGCGGGAAUGAGACUCUCCUUGACACGGAUUCGGAGCCUGAAGAUCCUGAAAAGGUUGAUCUUUACAAGGAAGCUGUUGGAUGGAAUAUCGAUGAGUUAUAUCUGGAGAUAUUGUACGAGAUCCUACACAAUGUCGGGGGAUGUGACAUAGGCUGCGAAGUAGGUCAGCUAGCCAUGCUGACCUAUGUCCAGGAAGCCUUUAAGAUAUCAAACGAUAAACACACGCUGUUGCUGACUCAAGCCGAGGCCAAAGAACCUCCAGAGCUGAUGCUCAAUGUAGAGCUGGUUGAAGCGAAGGAUUUAGUCCCAAAAGACCCGAAUGGUCUAAGUGAUCCGUUCGUCACGAUAUAUUUGAUGUCCAAUUCUUCGCACCGGUACAAUACUUCGGUGAAAUUGGGGACCCUCAACCCUUGCUGGGAGGAGCACUUCUCAUUACCGAUGCCGGAAAAUGUACAAGAGGACUCGCUUGUUAUAGAAGUCUGGGAUUUUGACCCCGCUGAGACAGUGAAGGAAAAGAUGGGAAAGUUCUUCAAAGUAAAAGGUGUAAAGGGAUUCCAAAAGUUGAUGAAAGAGUUAUACGUGACUGCAUCGACAGGGAAACAUGAUAACGAGCUUAUUGGCACCUGCAAUAUACCACUCAAAUCCAUCCCCGCUGGUGGCAUGACGAUGUGGUUCAACCUGAGCAAGAAGAGCAAGCUGCGUCGACAGGGCGUGGUGAAGGUGCGGCUCAACUUCUCCGCGGAGAAGAGCUCGCAAGUGGCUGCACAGGAGCACCGACACCUGCUGAGGAUACUGCUGCUGCAUGAACUCGACAGCUCUAAGGUCGCUCCCUACUGGUGGUGCGGUAACUUCAGCGCGCCUGCAGAGUCCGUACUAACCCAGCACACGGCACAGAGCGGGCUCACACAGAACGACAACAACCUGGCGCAGUGGUCCGUCUACUGCGCCGUCACGCCGGACCACCCCCUCAGCUUCGCCCUCUUCAACCAACUCUUGGAUAAACUCACCAAGCCACUGCAAGCAGGACUGAUCAACGAAGAGGACGUCAAGCUAUUCUGGGAUGGUGCUAAGAAACUCCUCCCUACAUGCUUUAGUCACAUCAGGAAACUCCGCAAGAAGACAGCUGGAGACAAAACUGUCAUGAAAACCUUGAGAGAGGUUCUUAAGAUCUUGUACAAGUUGUCCGUUUUGGACGUGCCUGAGUCUAUCGAUUUGUUCCCGAUCAACCAUUAUGGUUGGUUGAGGAGUAAGGAUGAUGGGAGUAGGUUGACAAUCCACGAGGUGUUGAAUCAGGCAGUGGUUCAAGGGGCAUCGGACUGGUUCGUGCAUAUUCUGGAUAAUAAUGAGGUAAAGGACGACACGGAAGAGGCGCGGCUGCAACACCUGAUCAGGGUCAUACAAUUGGUGCGAUCUGAUCUUCAGCGGGCUAUUGAGUACUACGACCGGGUGUUUAUUGAAGUAAUGGCCUUCCCGUAUUCCAAGAUCCUGUACGGUAUAUACGAGAACAAGAUAGCGUCCCUAGUGGAGCCUCAGGUGAUAGAAGUGUGCAAGGGUCUGAAGCGACUGCAGUUUAAUGAAGGGUCCAGCAAUACCGUGUUGUUAGCUGGCGGGGUCAAUGGAGAGACUGGACUGGGCACACCGAAGGUUGAGAACGAACCCUUGGCUAUGGGGACCACUUUGUUUGAAUUAUAUUUAACCUUGCAGAGGUUUUUAACGCUAGGUCAAGGCCUGAACGAGACAGACUGGAAUUCCUACGCCAUAUCGAAGUUCCACUCUUGGUUCUUCGACGGCGUAGCGCAGUGGCUGGACAUAGCAGCGUUCAAAGCCCUCACUCGCAUAGAAAAGGCCGUGGAGUUAGACAACUUAGUUCCAGUAUACGACGAUGUGAAGUACAGCAGUUCUGCUGUCGACACCAGGAGUAUAUACAGUCAGAUCAAGAUAUUUUGGGAGCAGCUAGCGUGGCCUGAGGUUGAAGGAUGCUAUACUUUCGUAGCUAAGAUUAUUGAUGACAUUUGCCGCUGCAGCGUGUUCUACUCGGACCAGAUGUCAUUGCGCGUGGGCAGCGUGGGCACAGUGACCACAGUAUUCGAAGAGCGGUUCGAGGUCACCACAGAAUGGUGCAUAGCCAUCAACAACAUAGACUUCGUGCGCCAGAGCCUGCCGCCGUAUGUUCAGGAGUUGGGCAUGGAUGAUAUCGUGCAGAAGUUAUGUGAAGCGCGCUCGCCGCUUGAAGCUCAGAGAUGCAAAGAAACUCUACAAAAUGUGAUUGCGAAUGCGAUAGACACAGUGAAGAACAAAAUCGUGGAUCUUCUAGAAGUAAUGGUUAAAAAGAUGCUGCCUUCAAUCACAAGAUUCUUAGUGGAAGGAGCCGAACUAUUGCAUCAAGACUGUUCGAGUAUGGACCGCGUUAUGCGGUACUUAGAAGCUAAUUUAGACACACUGCACCAACACUUGAGCAACGAAAACUUCUCUAGAACUCUGGACAUUGUAUGGGAACAACUUGGUGAAGUACUAUAUGAACUCAUCCAAGCCAAUUUGGAGCACCGAAGGGCAAAGAUAACUCGGUAUAUCGACCCUCGGCGCCUGAGCAAAUGGGCCGCCGCACACUUAGACGCGAAACGGCGUCCGCCAUCUUUCUUUUCGAAUCUCCACGAGUGUCUGAGGAUAAUGAUCCGAUCGUUCUGUCAAGAUGAUAAGGAGUUUUACACAUCGGACACUCUGAAACGGGUGGAGUAUUUACUAAAGAUCCAUGGUAUGGAGACGCGAGAGUUGAUCCAUCAGUACCAUGUAGAAAGGUGGCAAGAGCAGCAGGCAAUUACUGAGCCCAAGAUGGGCGUGUUGACCGUACGAGCUCAGUUUAUUGAUGACAAUCUGAAGAUUGAAAUCAUGAACGCUAGGAAUCUGAUGCCUACUGACUCGAAUGGUCUAUGUGAUUCGUACGUGCGCGCGGCUCUACUACCAGAAGACUCCUUCCUGAAUGUAGUCAAAGUUAAGACGCAGACCCACAGCAAGAACCUCUUCCCACUUUACGACGAGAUGUUUGUCAUACCUUUAACCCCAGACCAGCGGCGCAUCCAAGAUGGGCUGGUGCAUCUAGUGAUCAAAGAUAAGGACAUGUUCAGUGUCAGUAACACCUUCGUGGGGGAGGCAUACUUACACUUCAGUGAGAUACCCUCCACGCCCGCGCCUAUAUCCAGUCUGCCGCAACAACACCUGCCGUUGACUCGACCCACUAAUAUUGACGGAGACGCGAUCAAGGCGCUUGAAUCCCGGCCGGGCGACAAGCAGGCGAGGGAGUUCCUUAAGAAACAGAGACAGAAGAUGCCUGGCAAGCAGUUCUUCUCGCUCAGCUAAACACCACUCGUUACGUUCCUGUAUAUACCAUAGACUAGCCGACCAAGUAAGCCUGGGCGAAACUAUUUUAUUGUUAUAUAUCAUCUGCAUUGUUGUUAAUGGUUGAUGAGGUUGGUAAUGUACCUCUCAAUCCACACGAUAGAAGAAGAUUGUUGUUGGGAGACUUCAAAAAUGCCUAAGUAAUUAGAUUAGGUAAAAACGAUCUAUAAAUUACAAUUUAAAGAAUUAAAAAAGGAACUAGAUUGAAAUAGUAACUCAUAAAACCUUUUGGUAUAAAAUGUAUAAAACGUAUGUUUAUAUCAGACGUUUUUAGUUAUUUAACGAUAUCACAAUAUAUUACCCUCAAGGACGUGUUAAGGGUAUUUUUUCAAAGUAUCAAAUGUAAAGCAAUAUAAAAGCAAUAUGAAAUGUAGGUUGUUUUGUCUUUAUAGCGGCUUUUUUAUUCUUAACUUCGAUUCGAUGGUGUGUAAAAGCAUUUACGUGAGGCUAUCUUAGUGACAGCGAUAUGUUUAAGUAUUUAUUUAUACAACAUAACAUGACGUCUGUAUCCCCGAAGGGGGUAUUAUUUAUAUGAUUUUGUCCUAUUUAGUAAUGUAAUGUGCUAGGCUAUGUGAACUGUCAUUUAUUUACUCAGAAACUAUUGUAGCGCUAACUUUUUUGAAUAGCCGUUGAUUGCAUUCAACAAGAGGCCAAAUAUCAGCUUACAAAACCUAAAUUAUGAGACUUUUAUCUUUAUCGAGUACUUUGAUAUACUUAAUUCUCCAGACUUAUCUUGGUUAGGUGUGACUGUGUGACUUAGACGCACAAAUAAUUAUGCUACUUAUUAGAAUGUGAGAAUGGUAAUAAAUAGGAUUGUAUUUAUUUUUGUACUGAGUAUAAUAAACAUAAGUGAAAUAGCAAGCAGAGGAUAACUGCUUACAGUAAUAUCACUAUGGACUUAAAUUAAGCGAAACUGCGAAGAACUCCUAGGUGUAUUGUCAAACCUUAUAAUGAAAGUAAUUUAUUACUAAAUUAGAUUACCAGUAAGUAAAGACUUCAUUGUAUUUUUAUUCAGGAGUAAUAAAUACAUAAAAAACCUUUUUUAUAUAUAAAAAUAAUAAAAAUAUCAGGCUGCGAAUUGCACGUGACGAAUAAGAGAUAGAAAUAUAGAACUUAUUCUUAAAUUGACAGCGAAUAAAAAUAAAAUUCACAUGUUUCCAUCAUACAAUAGAUAUGCAUGAUCGUAGAUGUAAUUAUACUUGUAGCCAAAGUAAUAAAAAAAAACAUGUACGUACAAUAGUAUCAUAUUGAAGUCGACGUAAAUGGCCAUAUAAACGUCAUUUCGCUUGUAGCUACGUGUUAAAAGGUGUGAAUUGUAAAGAUAGACUGAACAUGGGGUUGUCAGUUAUGUUUUUAGUAAAUGGGAAGUGGAAUUAACUAUGUUUCUCACUGCUGUUUGGAGUGUAGUCCAUAGUAAACGAUGCCAGUAAACUAUUAAUAAUAUGUCCUGAAUAUGAAUGCAUAUCAAUCAUUCGUUACUUUUAAAGCAGCCACACAGGGUGUUAGUGACACCGCAACGAAUACUGAGGGGGACGAUUCAGACUAUGGUACUGAGUUGAUAUCAAGUGGAAUUUCCUGUCGAAGUCUUUUAAAUUAUUUUCGGUUGCAUACUUUUGCGAUGGAAAAUUUCACUUGAUAUCAACUCGGAAUCUCUUCGUUACGAUGUCACAAUCACCCUUCAUAAGAAAAAAUAGAUAUAAUGAAGUUGAGUCCUAUUUCUAUUUACUAUAGACUACCCUGUGUAAUUAUUACAUGUGGUUAUUGUGUAUGUGUAUUCUACGUCUAACCAUCAAUCCGCACUGGGCCCGCGUGAUGGUUUAAGGCCCGAUCUCCCUAUCCAUCCAUAGGGAAGGCCCGUGCCCCAGCAGUGGGGACGUUAAUGGGCUGAUGAUGAUGAUGUAUUCUACGUAUAAGUUUUGAAAUUGAGUGGUAGAUGCUACACAGAUUCGCUUACUACCUUACAUACUCGUAACUAAAUCUUUUUACAACAUUAGUUAGCCAAACGUAUCCAACGUUUGGAAAUUGGAAUGCUUAGAAUCUCGGAACUAAUAUUAAACUGAACGUGACAAUAAAAACAUCUUUUGGGGGAUAUUUCUAUAUAGGCGUAAAGUGCUAGGGCUUCGCUAAAUAUCAAAGAUCUCAUGUCAAAUAAUUUCUAAAAAUAACAAAUUUUGCUUCAUAACUCGAGCGAACUGUUCACAUUCUUUAUUUCAUAAGAGCCUCUUAGCGAUAAGUUUUUUAUGAUAAACAAAUGUAAUUUUUUACACUUGUGAAAAUACCAUUUAAAACGUAUAGGGUGUCAUUUACCCUUUUCUGCGAUUUCCCAUAAGAUAAAUACUGAAGAAUGAUGGAAAAUGUUGCCAUAUUUUUUUUGU